CGCCCCACCCUCGCCUCAAGCCACGCCCCGACCCAGCGACCAAACGUCAGAAUACCGUGGUAGCUCGUGGUGUGUAGAUCGACCCGUCUAACCCUGCACACUGACCGCAGUAGAAAACUAAACAAACGUGAAUUAAAAAUACGUGUUUAAAAAAAAUAAACCGAUAAGUGGGUGAGUGUCGACGACGAUGUCGUUGUAAGGGUAAAGAUGGCGGCCGUGACUACCAACAUGGUCCCCCAACCGCACCACUUUUCCCGGCAGAACCUGGAUAGCGCCCACGACGGGUCGGUGUCCAUGGACUCCAGCGACCACUUCGACCGGGAGUCCCCCAACCUCCUGGACCAGAACAGCUGCAGCAGCGACGACACGGUGCUGUCCGUCGGCAACGAGAACCCGGUGGAGGAGGCGCCGCUCACCUUCAAGAACAUCGAGAGCCACCUCAACGCGAUCUCGCAGAUCACGAACAGCACGCUGGACCCCAGCAGGAAGAGCCCUUCUAGUCCCAGAUUGAGCAGUCCCUCGAGUACAAAAUCGUUUCCGGGCUCGCCCUUCGUUGCGUACACGAAGCCGGAGCGGGAGCCGGAGUUCCGAAACUCGGCGUCGCCGGAGAACUUCUUCAACCAGAAGCUGCAGGGCAACAACAACGACGCCAACGGGGGUAGUUUGAAGUUCUCGAUCGACAAUAUCCUGAAGGCCGAUUUCGGCAGGAGGAUCACGGACCCGAUUAACAUAAGGAAGUGCAAGCCGAAGAAGGUGGUGCCGGAGGUGGAGGAGGCGAAAGGACCGGUGGAUUUGAGUAAGAGUGAACCCGAGAAGAAGACUGAAGCCCAGCCGAUGUUGUGGCCGGCGUGGGUUUAUUGUACGAGGUACAGCGACAGACCCAGUUCAGGUCCGCGAACCCGCCGAGUGAAGAAACCCGGCGCGAAACCCGGCCCCCCGACCGCCGAGGAGAAGAGGCCGAGGACCGCGUUUUCGGGGGCGCAGUUAGCGCGGCUCAAGCACGAAUUCGCGGAAAAUCGCUAUUUGACGGAGCGACGAAGGCAGCAGCUCAGCGCCGAGCUGGGCCUCAACGAGGCCCAAAUCAAGAUCUGGUUCCAGAACAAGCGCGCGAAAAUCAAGAAAGCCUCCGGCCAGAAGAACCCCCUGGCCCUGCAGCUCAUGGCCCAGGGCCUGUACAACCAUUCGACGAUCCCGCUGUCCAAAGAGGAGGAGGAGCUGCAGGAGAUGCACGGCACCAAGACCCCCUCGUAGGGGACGUCCGAUUUUCGUGAUAAAUAAGUUGAUGCUUCCAAUGUGAUUCGUUGUGAUUCGUUUGUGGACGAGGGUUGAUGGAUUUUUGGCGGUUCGCGGAGUGGUGGCGCAGUGAUUUCUGGGUUUCGCCUUGUCCAGAGACGAACCGAUGUCGAUGGUCUACUAAGAGUUGGGCAACUUUUUGCGGCGAUCUCUGAGUAUGUUAGCAUUGUUUGUUUAAUUCUACAAUUCUCGGAGCUUCGGCUGGCAAAAAAUGUAUUAAUGUACCAUUCAUUUAAACACAAUUGCGAGCUGUGUGGUACUAAAUAACAGUUUUUGUGCGGUGCCAUUAUUGUUUAAAUCACAUGGGAUCAUACUCUUGUUGGGUUUUUUGCACGACAACCAAAGACGGUGCAGAACAUGGCAUUUUUGAUCCGCCGGUGUACAUAGACUUGUAAAAAUCUACAGAUAGGACUAGAUAUUUAUUGUUAGCGUACCCGAAAUCGAAAGCAAUAUUUAUUAGGAACUCUGAUUCUAAUGUAUAUUUCAAACUACUGUACAUAUUUAUAUGAUUAUUUGUCUGUGAGUUGAAGCUUAUUUAUAUGUACUCGGUAUAAAUAGUUAAACAUGUACCUACAGAAAUUGUUUAUAACUCA